CACCGUCCUACCUAGACGGACACUCCACCGCCGUCCGAUCCCCACCCACAAUCCAAUCCAAUCCCUACCCUUCACACAAGACCCUUCAGGGCCAAUUAAUUCCGUAAUUUCACAGCACCAAGAAGUUCACCCACCGCCGUCCGAUCAAAUGCCGGCCAAUUUAUACGGCACUAUAAAUAUCGGCCACACUACCCUCCCCUCCCCCAAAUUCAAGCCUAAGCACUUUUGACUUUCCAAUUUUGCCCCUGAACCGAACCCCCCUUCCUCAGUCCAAAAUGCGCGAAAUUCUUCACAUCCAGGCGGGGCAAUGUGGGAACCAAAUCGGAUCCAAGUUCUGGGAGGUCGUCUGCGACGAGCACGGCAUCGACCCCACCGGCCGGUACACCGGAAAUUCCGUCACUCAGCUGGAGAGGGCCAAUGUCUACUUCAACGAGGCCGCCGGCGGGCGCUACGUGCCGCGAGCCGUGCUUAUGGACCUCGAGCCAGGCACCAUGGACAGCGUGAGGACCGGUCCGUACGGCCAGAUUUUUCGCCCGGAUAACUUCGUCUUCGGCCAGUCCGGCGCAGGCAACAACUGGGCCAAGGGGCAUUACACCGAGGGCGCGGAGCUCAUCGAUUCGGUCCUCGAUGUUGUGCGGAAAGAAGCAGAGAAUUGCGACUGCUUGCAAGGGUUUCAGGUUUGUCACUCGCUGGGAGGGGGAACGGGAUCGGGAAUGGGAACGCUUCUGAUUUCGAAAAUCAGGGAAGAAUAUCCGGAUAGAAUGAUGCUGACUUUCUCCGUCUUCCCGUCACCGAAAGUUUCAGACACGGUUGUGGAGCCGUACAACGCCACGCUUUCCGUUCAUCAGCUGGUGGAGAACGCCGACGAGUGUAUGGUUCUUGACAAUGAAGCCCUCUACGAUAUCUGCUUCAGGACUCUCAAGCUUUCCACCCCUAGCUUUGGCGACUUGAACCACCUGAUCUCCGCCACAAUGAGCGGCGUCACUUGCUGCCUGCGAUUCCCCGGCCAGCUGAACUCCGACCUGAGGAAGCUCGCGGUGAAUCUGAUCCCAUUCCCUCGGCUCCACUUCUUCAUGGUCGGAUUCGCACCUCUAACAUCCAGAGGAUCCCAGCAAUAUAGAGCUCUCUCCGUGCCGGAACUCACCCAACAAAUGUGGGACGCCAAGAACAUGAUGUGCGCCGCCGACCCCCGCCACGGCCGCUAUCUCACCGCCUCCGCCAUGUUCCGCGGCAAGAUGAGCACCAAAGAAGUCGACGAGCAGAUGAUCAACGUCCAGAACCGAAACUCGUCCUACUUCGUGGAGUGGAUUCCGAACAACGUCAAGUCCAGCGUCUGUGACGUUCCCCCGAAAGGGCUAACGAUGGCGUCGACUUUCGUCGGGAACUCGACGUCGAUCCAGGAGAUGUUCCGGCGGGUGAGCGAGCAGUUCACGGCCAUGUUCAGGCGAAAGGCGUUCUUGCACUGGUACACUGGAGAGGGAAUGGACGAGAUGGAGUUUACUGAGGCGGAGAGCAAUAUGAAUGAUCUUGUCGCGGAGUAUCAACAGUACCAGGAUGCCAGUGCCGAUGAAGAGGUUGAGGACGAAGACGAUGAUGGCGGCACUGAGAACUGAAGGUGCUCUGGCAGUUUGAUCCUUCGGAUGCUCCGGGCAGCCAUGAAUCUAUAGAUUGUUGUAUUUUCAGUGAGCGAAAUUGUUAUCUUUCUGUGUCAGGCAAUAAUAUAAGAUCUUCUCGA